GUCCGCACGUGGUUGCCGGUUCCUGGCGGCUGCUGUAGUGAAGCUACUUUGUGCGGCUGCCCCAAAGGAAGGAACCCGAACGCCGCAGCGGCAGCCAUGGAGAGCCAGAACGUGGAGGAGCUGCUGGCUAAGGCGGAGCGGGAGGAGGCGGAGAAGCUGCAGCGCAUCACGGUGCACAAGGACCUGGAGCUGGAGUUCGACCUGGGCAACCUGCUGGCUUCGGACCGCAACCCCCCGACGGUGCUGCGCCAGGCUGGGCCCUCGCCGGAGGCCGAGCUGCGGGCCCUGGCGCGGGACAACACGCAGCUGCUCAUCAACCAGCUGUGGCAGCUGCCGACCGAGCGCGUGGAGGAGGCGGUGGUCGCGCGCUUGCCCGAGCCGCUCACACGCCUGCCCCGCGAGAAGCCGCUGCCCCGGCCGCGGCCGCUCACCCGCUGGCAGCAGUUCGCCCGCCUGAAGGGCAUCCGUCCAAAGAAGAAGACCAACCUCGUGUGGGACGAGGUCAGUGGCCAGUGGCGCCGCCGCUGGGGCUAUAAGCGCGCCCGGGACGACACCAAGGAAUGGCUGAUCGAGGUGCCUGGCGGCGCCGACCCCAUGGAAGACCAGUUUGCCAAGCGGAUUCAGGCCAAGAAGGAACGCGUGGCGAAGAACGAGCUGAACCGGCUGCGGAACCUGGCCCGAGCGCACAAGAUGCAGAUGCCCAGCUCAGCCGGCCUGCACCCGACGGGACACCAGAGCAAGGAGGAGCUGGGCCGCGCCAUGCAAGUGGCCAAGGUCUCCACCGCUUCGGUGGGGCGCUUCCAGGAGCGCCUCCCCAAGGAGAAGGCUCCCCGGGGCACCGGCAAGAAGAGGAAGUUUCAGCCCCUCUUUGGGGACUUUGCAGCCGAGAAAAAGAGCCAGUUGGAGCUCCUCCGAGUCAUGAACAGCAAGAAGCCUCAGCUGGACGUGACCAGGGCCACCAACAAGCAGAUGAGGGAAGAGGACCAAGAAGAGGCUGCCAAGAGGAGGAAAAUGGGCCAGAAGGGCAGGAGAAAGGGGGGCCGGCAGGGACCCUCGGGCAAGAGAAACGGCGGACCGCCGGGCCAGGGAGAGAAGAGGAAAGGCGGCAUGGGAGGCCGGAAGCCUUCCAGACCUCCUGCUUUUGGUGGCAAGAAGAAAGGAGCGCUGCAUCAAGGUGGGAAGAGGAAGAAGUAGUAGGCUCCCCGCUGGACCUGCUGUGCCAAGCUAGGACUGUCUGUACUGAGGGUUAAGUUGUGCACGCUUCUGGCCGGUGCACGCUGUGGCCCCUGCCCUCAUCUAGCUUGAGAUUGAGGGGGCGGUUUCGCCUCCCCUCAGGGGCGUCAGUGCUGGACUGCGAAUUAAUGCUUUUCCCACAACGGAGACACUGGCUGGAAAUGAAGGGCGUGUUUGAGAACAGGAGAAUUAGUGAAAUGAUGUGGAGUAAGUUAACAGCCUGCUUUUUUUAUCUUGACCUUGGGUACUGGAUAAGAGUUGAUCAGAUUUCUGGGGCAUAGUAGAUUGGUUCCAACAUUUUUGUAUUAUUUUUGUAACAAAGCUUGUAUAUUUAUCAAAGCAAGGCGAGUGGGGGAGCCGAGUCUACCUGUGGUCUGCAAGUGUAAAGGUUACUUAAUAAAAGUAUGUCGCUGCCUGGUGUCGCUUUUAGCUUUGUCAGUAGAAGUUGUCCGUGAAGCCUGGGUACCCGCAGAGAGUGUACAACUGAUGUUACGGUGGGGCAUUUAGCUGAAUGAGUACAGUGCUUUAAAUGGUAAGCUGGAACCACACUCAAGAAUGGUAAUUAACCUUGUUACUCCAGGAAAUACUUGUUGUUCUGUUUAUAACCGGUGGCUUGUUUAUUGCUGUCCUAUGUGGGUUUUCAUUAUCGACCUUUUUUUUAAUAUUUUUUAUGUAUGGAGUGCACUGUCUUUACAUGUAUGCCUACCUGCCAGAAGAGGGCACCAGAUCUCUAUAGAUGGUUGUGAGCCACCAUGUAGUUGCUGGGAACUGAACCCAGGACCUCGAAAGAACAACCUCUGAGCCGCCCCUCCAGCCCCCUCAAUGUCUUAUUUUGAUCUUAAUAAACUUAUAUUUGCAUAAA